AUGGCAGACAUUGAUGAAUGGCAAGGGUGGGCAGGAUCAAGGCCAGGCAGGAGCAGACUGAUGGGCCUUGAAUGGAGUCAAGGAUGGGUCAAGCUGGACCAAGCAUUGGCUGAGAGGCGCUUUAGGCUGACACGCACAGCAGGGGUGUGUCUCUGGCCGAGAGUCGAUGCAAUCGAUUUGAGGCUCAUAGCUCUCAGAGCACACGCCGAACAAGAGACAUGUAUGGAGUACUGGCGCUCUUUCGUCUGCCCAACCCAACCUGUCUUUGCCGGAAGAGAUGGUCGAGAGGAGUCAAUCAAUCAAUCAAUCAGUCAGUCAGUCAGUCAAUCAAUGUCUUCCACAUUUGAGUUCACGCCAGUCCCACGUCCCAGACACGUACAUUCAAUCAUAGCCUUGGCUAUCGACAUGGGCCCUGUUCUGUCGAGCGGGGUUUCGGAAUGA